UGAAAGUCUGUUUUUUUUGUCAGACUGUUUGCAUAGGUGAAUUAUUAGAAUGUUUGCUUUGGUAGUGUUUAAAAACUCUUUAUUGUUUUGCUAAAUAGCACGUACUCACCAAGAGAAAAGGGAAACGUGGUUGUUUAUUUAGAGACACGUCGCGAUUGCCGGACGCCUUGUGCUGUCCAAGAGUCAAAAUAUUCAAAUCACAUCCUCGGAAAGAGAAAAUUUUCCUAAGGAUAAGGAAAGCUCGAAUCAUUGUUAAUUGAAACUCGUUCUCGUCUAAUUUCCGUUUUACAGUAUCGAAUCAAGGACGUAUUUUAAAGACUUUUCAGGGUUAAAGAUUCCAAUAAACCACCAACGUCGAACCAAGGACAUCAGAAAGUUAGAAUACCCAAUUUGAAGAUUUUUUUAAAGCAAUGAGUAAUCCAGCAACUGUACCUACUCCCCUUCAAGAUGUUCAAGGAGAUGGACGCUGGAAUAGCAUGCAUGCAAGAUUUUUACGCCAAGCAAAAGAUUCUUCAUGCCAAAUACUUUUCGUUGGAGAUUCUUUGAUAAGAAACAUGGAAGAAACAGAGGAGUGGGAUGAACUCUUCAAGCCUUUGAGGUCACUUAACUUUGGUAUUGGAGGAGACUGCACUGAGCAUGUCCUAUGGAGAAUGCAGAAUGGGGAGUUAGAUGCCCUCUCACCCAAGGUAGUUGUACUUCUGGUUGGCACAAAUAAUCAUCACAGCACUGCAGACCAGAUAGUUGAAGGGAUAGAAGCCAUUGUAUGGACGAUAAAUGAAAAGCUUCCCUCCUCAAAAAUUCUCGUUUUGGGUCUUUUACCAAGAGGCGAAAAACCCAACCCUCUUCGUGAAAAACACUUUCAAGUUAACCACUCCUUGAGCGAGAUAGUCACUGCUAUUCCGCAUGCGCAGUACUAUGACGCUGACCCUGGAUUCGUCAAAGGAGACGGGCUCAUCGACCAUACCGAUAUGUUCGACUACCUGCACCUGACGAGGAAAGGAUAUAGAAAAUUCACGCGAAAAGUUUACGAAAUAGUCAACAAACUCUUGAAAUAUAAUUAAAUCUUAACUAAAUCUUCAUUUUAAUCUCGAAUUUCUCUCAUUACCGACACUAGGUUGUAUAGUAAAAGUUUUGAUAGACAACCUGUUUACUUUGGGCGCAUUCAUGUUUAAAAAUUCCGAUUUCAGACCACGUGUCAUUCCCUAGAGAAUAAGAUUCUUUGUUUGAGUUGUAUCCAUAUUCAUGUGUCUUCUAAUGUGCAGCCGUUAAACAAAGACGUAAUGCUCUAGGGAUUGCAUGAAAUGCACGUGGGCUGAAAUGUUAGAACAUUCCGUAAAUGGUAUUAGAUACUAAUAUGAGAUUUUAGACAAUGGCAGUCGUUUACUGAUUGCCUAAUUUUAUGCUAUUUUUCAGAUUAAGUAAAACCAAGAGAGCUUAAAUAAGAGAGGGACGCACGGGAGUAGGGUAAGGCGAACUUUUAACUGCAUCCGGCUACUAAAAAUAGCCCAACCGGGAAUUUACAUGGCGCGCGCGUUAUAAGAAGUUUCCCUCUCUUAUUUAUACUCUUGGUAAAACCAAUUAUAAGUCAUGGUCUCUGUCCAAGUUAAACUAUAAUGUACCACACGUUUCGUAUUAUGAAUGUCUGCCGGAUUCCUAAGAAAAUACCUUGUUUUUAUUGGUGCACAAAAACCCUUAAGUUACCAAAUAAAAUUAAACGAUAAAAAACUAGCAUAGGAAAAUAUGGAACAUAAUAUAGUAUAUAACGAAUUCGAUGUAAAUAGAGCAUUAGAGGGUA